GGAUGGCAGCAGCAAGCAAGAGUGAAGAGCCAAACUCGAAUUAAACAAAAUUAGGCGCCACUGCGCCACCAUCAACAUUCACCCAAACUCCAUUUUUCUCUCAAACCCUACCUCCGUAACAUCCACAUUUAUUCAAACCAUACAAUACAGGAAUGAAGAGAGAAUCAAUUUGAUUAUACCUGUGCUUAGGAGUUGCAAUGAAAAAAUCGAAGAUAUGAUGCUCUCGCCUCUCUGGUUUCUUCUUCAACUUUAAGUGAUGCAUAUAAAUUUACAAACAAAUACUCACACUUUUAUAUUUCCACUGCAGAGGUCAAUUACAAUACUAGGCUGGCUCAAGUAAAAAAUUGCUGUUGAUUAUAACGUAGCAGAGGCGGAGAGACUGCACCAAACGCAGCGAGAGAUGGCGGCGCUUCAGCCGUUGAUUCGCAUUGCCGCUGCUUCGUCGAAACUGGACUCAAUUCCAUUUCUUUUCUUUAACCUCCGAUCCUUUUGUUGCUCCUCCGCCGGUGCAGUGGAAGCCAUUGGCGCGGUACAUAUCCAAAAGUGCUUCAGAAUUCAGUAUCGAGGAUAUUGUACUUGCACCGACAUGUCAACUGCUUCUCAAAUCACUUAUUAUGUCCGCCUGGGUGAUAUUGAAAUGGCACGAAAAUUGUUUGAUCGAACUCCACAAAAAACUAUUGCUUCAUGGAACUCUAUAAUAUCUGGCUACUUUCAGUACUGCCAGCCGAAUGAAGCACAAUGCUUGUUUGAUGAAAUGCCAGAAAGGAAUACAGUUUCUUGGAAUGGAUUAAUUUCUGGGUACAUAAAGAAUAGGAUGGUAAAGAAAGCGAGAGAAGUAUUUGAUCUAAUGCCUGAAAGAGAAAAGAAUGUCAUAUCCUGGACUGCCAUGGUUAGAGGGUAUGUUGAAGAGGGGAUGGUUCGGGAGGCAGAGGCAUUGUUUUGGCAGAUGCCAGAGAAGAACGUUAUAUCAUGGACAGUAAUGCUGAAUGGGCUGAUCCGUGAAGACAGAAUAGAUGAGGCUCGAAGACUCUAUGAUCUGAUGCCUGUGAAGGAUGUUGUCGCCAGAACUACUAUGCUAGGAGGGCUAUGCUCGAAAGGUCAGUUGGAUGAGGCACGGGAGAUUUUUGAUUGCAUGAAGCAGAGAAAUGUAGUUUCGUGGACAACAAUGAUCUCAGGUUAUGUACAGAAUGGGAAGGCAGAUAUUGCUAGGAAACUCUUUGAGGUCAUGCCUGAAAAAAAUGAAGUCACUUGGACGGCAAUGCUUAUGGGCUACAUUCACUGUGCGAGGACUGAGGAUGCGUGGGAGCUUUUCAAGGCUAUGCCAGUCAAAUCAGUAGUCGCUUGCAAUGCAAUGAUUAUUGGGUUGGGCGAGAAUGGAGAAGUUUCCAGAGCAAGGAAAGUUUUUGACCUGAUGAGAGAAAAGGACAAUGGAACCUGGGAGGCUAUGAUUAAGAUUUAUGAGCGGAACGGGUUUGAAUUAGAGGCACUUGGUCUGUUUCGUGUGAUGCAGAGUGAGAGAGUUAAACCACAUUUCCCAUCAUUAAUCAGUGUUCUUUCGAUUUGUGCCAGUCUUGCCACUCUGGAUCACGGUAAACAGAUUCAUGCCCAAGUAUUGAGGUCUAAAUUUGAUGAUGAUGUAUAUUUGUCAUCUACUUUGAUGACUAUGUAUAUGAAAUGUGGUGAUGUUUUCAGGGCGAAAGUAGUAUUUGAUAGAUCUCGGUGCAAGGAUAUAGUGAUGUGGAACUCUCUUAUUAGUGGUUAUGCUCAACAUGGCUUGGGGGAUGAGGCUCUGCAAGUGUUUAGAGAAAUGGAUUUAUCAGGUAUUCAAGCAGAUGAUAUUACAUUCAUUGGAGUUCUAUCCGGUUGCAGUUACAGUGGAAAAGUGAAGGAAGGGAAGGAAAUAUUUGAGUCCAUGAAGCCAAAGUAUAUGAUUGAACCAACCACUGCGCACUAUGCUUGCAUGGUUGAUAUGCUUGGGCGAGCCGGCCAACUGAAUGAGGCGUAUAAUUUGAUAAAUGAAAUGCUUGUAGAGGCGGAUGCAAUUGUUUGGGGUUCUCUGAUGGGUGCAUGUAGGAACCACAUGAAUUCUGAUCUUGCAGAAGUUGCUGCGAAGAAACUUGCGCAACUUGAGCCCCAAAAUGCUGGUCCUUUUGUCCUAUUAUCAAAUAUUUAUGCGUCCAAAGGUAGAUGGGACGAUGUUGCUAAGUUGAGGAAGAAAAUGAAGUGUAGGAAGGUGAGCAAAUCACCUGGUUGUAGUUGGAUUGAGGUUGAGAAAGAAGUGCAUAUGUUCACUGGUGGAGAGAGCACACCUCACCCUGAACAUGCUUUGAUUAUUAAAAUGUGGGAGAAUCUAAGUGGAAUGUUAAGAGAAUCUGGAUAUAGCCCUGAUGGAGCCUUUGCCCUCCAUGAUGUGGAAGAGGAAGAAAAGGAACUAAACUUAAGACAUCACAGUGAAAAGUUGGCUGUGGCGUUUGGACUUAUGAAGUUGCCUGACGAGGUACCUAUUCGAGUUAUGAAAAACCUGAGAGUUUGUGGGGAUUGCCAUACGGCUAUUAAGUUAAUCUCGAAGAUCACUGGACGUGAGAUUAUCCUGAGGGAUGCAAAUCGAUUUCAUCAUUUCAAAGAUGGACUUUGUUCCUGCAAAGAUUAUUGGUGAUUGAUUUUUCUUUUCAGUCUUAUCCUUUGCACAGCAUGGUAAAGAGAAAAAUUCAAAGGACAGUGCGCAUCUGGAACACCUUGGGUUUCUAGGUGUUGCCGAUGAUGCUUUAUUCAUAGAAGUUGACAUCUAGUGCUGCAUAUGGGGUUGUGGCAAGUCAAGCUAUGAGAUGCUUGGUUGGUAUUUUGAAGUGCAUGGGUGACUGGAUGAACAAACAAUUGUGGAUUCCUGACACUCACUCUCUAAAUAAACUUGAAGUUGUGGAUAACAGUUCUGAUCCUGGAAGUGCUCCUCUGGCAAACGCAGAUGGCAAUGUAGAUGAAUCAUCCGAAGCAUCAGAUAGUCACUCUGAAGCAAGUGAAGUUUCUGAUGUCUUAAAAAUUGAGCAGCAUCGUGCAUAUAUAUAAACUUGAACUUCAGGAGGGCAUCUCUCUAUUUAAUCGUAGUCCCAAGAAAGAUAUUCAGUUCCUGAUAAAUGCUAAUAAGGUGGGGGACUCUCCAGAAGAGAUAUAUAGCAGCGUUCCUUAAGAAUGCUCCUGGCUUAAAUAAAAGUCUGAUAUUUGGGUGAAAGGGAAGAUUUAUCACUGAAAGUGAUGCAUGCAUAUGUUGAUUCCUUUGAUUUUCAAGAUGUGGAGUUUGACGAGGCAGUAAGACUCUUCCUACAAGGCUUUAGACUUCCAAGUGAAGCACAGAAGAUCGAUCGUAUUAUGGAAAAGUUCGCUGAACGGUACUGCAAAUGUAAUCCAAAAACCUUAAUUUAUAAGUGCCGACACAGCUUAUGUGCUUGCCUACUCUGUUAUAAUGCUCAGAUGCACAUAACCCUAUGGUUAAGAUUAAGAUGUCAGCUGAGGAUUUCAUAAGGAACAAUCGUGGAAUUAAUAGAUGAUGGGGACUGGUGAUAACCUUAUGAAAAACAUGCAGGAGCAAUUCAAAGAAAAGGCUAGCAAAUCCGAGUAAGACUUGAUGUGCAGGUGCAGCUGACAACUAGAGGAUGCUCUAUCACUAUUUCCUUGCUUCUCAUUGGCCCCAUCUUCUUUACUUGAGACAUAGCCUUUAUAAAUCUCAUCCCAUUUUAUACUCGCAUGACACAUAAUUAAGUUACUCCUGCAGAUAGUUUAGCAAAUGAUGGUUAGGAUUUGAUAAAUUCAAUAAUACCAGAAUAACAAGAUUUAAAAUAUUUCAA